AUGGGAGACGAGGAGACGGAGAGGCCAAGCAAGAAGGCACGUGGGUCGUCGCCGCCACCCGCCAUGGACUCCGGCGGCCUGACGGCGUUUGCACUCCGCCUGGCCAAGAAGCUCGCCGAGGGCGACGACACCAGGGACAGCAACAUCGCCUUCUCGCCGCUGUCUCUCUACACCACGCUCGGCUUGGUAGCCGGGGGAGCACGCGGCAAAACCCUAGACGAGCUCCUCGCCUUGCUCGGCGCCGCCUCGGCCGACGAGGUGGCCAGAUUCGUGCGCGGCCUCGUCGCCGACCCGUCCGGCUCCGGCGGGCCGCUCAUAACCUACGCCUAUGGCUUGUUCCACCAGAAACACAUGGAGCUGACGCCGGCCUACCUCCACUCCGCCGCCGAGUCUUACAACGCUGAGAUACGCGCCGUCGACAUCGCCGAGACUUGUCAAACUGUUAUACAAGGUUUGCGUGGGUUCUUGCAUGGUGAUACGGAGAAGAUCAGGGAGGAGAUCAACGAUUGGGCGGCGGCCGCAACGAAUAAUCUCAUCUCGGAGAUCCUGCCAGAGGGGUCAUUCACCGACCUCUCGAGGUUCGUGCUCACCAACGCCAUCUACUUCAAGGGCGUGUGGGAGACCCAGUUCCCCAAGGACCUGACGGAGGACCACGAGUUCCAUCGCCUCGACGGAGCCGACCCCGUCGAAGUGCUCAAGCUCCCGUACGAAGGCGAUGAGAGCGGCGGCAUGCAGUACUCAAUGUGUGUGUUUCUACCAUACGAGCGCGACGGGCUGCGCGCAAUGGUAGACGCUCUGCCGGCAGCAGACGAGUCCCUGCUCGACUACAUCCCAAAUGACCGGACCUUGCCAAAGUCCUCAAAAGGCUUGGGCCUCCGGGAGGCGUUCACCGAGGAGGCCGACCUGUCCGGUCUGGUGGAGAAGCGCGUUUGCGACGUACGCCUGGACGACGUGUUUCACAAGGCGGUGGUCGAGGUGAAUGAGGAGGGCACCGAGGCGGCGGCCUGCACCGCCGCGAGUGGACGCGUGAAGCAGUGUGCGAGGAAGCCGAUGGAGUUCGUCGCCGACCACCCGUUCGCGUUUUAUAUCGUCGAGGAGGUAUCCGGGGCCGUGGUCUUUGCCGGUCAUGUCCUUGACCCUUCUAACCCACAGUAG